CACAUCUCUCUCGUCCUCCGCCGCCCGUACUUUGACCUGACAUCACUUGGUCAGGAUCCAUCUCGGCCUCUGUCAUCACAUUUCAUACACAUCUGCCGCCCAGGAUGAGGCCGCACACCGCAACCACACUCGCCGCCAGGGCGCGAGGCAGCAUACAACCGAGUACAUACGGGCGCACAGUUGCAUACAGGCGGUUAUCGACAGCGCCACUGGCAUCGCGGUCAUCAGCGACACAGUCGUUUGAUGCAUCACCACUCCAAUUCCUGCGCAGCAACUUUUUGCCCCAGGACGUCCUCUUCCGCGCCGCCGCCGCACACGCACGCCAGUUCUCUUCGCAGUCUGCGCUCUACCAGCAGGCUCAGAAGCAGAAACCUGUGAAGGAGCAGACUGCUGAGUCUGAAGCUGAGCCAAAGAAGACUGCAGAGGAGCAGUUCAACGAAGAACAGGCUAAGGAGAAGAAGGAGGGCGAGGAAGAGUCUGGCGAGCAGAAAGAGGGCGAGCAAGAAAAGAAGAAGAAGGACGACGACAAACCCCCGCCGCCACCACACGGUGACAAGACCCCGUGGCAAGUCUUCACAGAGACUCUCCAGCAGGAGUUCCAGGCUUCGAAAGACUGGAACGAGGGUACAAAGCAGCUGUCUGGCACUGUCCACGACUUCACAAAUGACCCUCGCGUUCAGAAGGCAAGAGAGGCCUCAGAGGCUGCAAAGACAAAGACUGCAGCCGCCUUGAAGGCCACAGCAUCAGCUGUUGGUCAGGGUGCUGCAUGGACAUGGGACACGAUGCCUGUUAAGGGAGUGCGCGCUGCUGCUAGAGUCACUGGUACUGGUCUCGACUACGCUACGCGACCAGUGCGCCAGACGAAGGCUUUCCAGGCUGUAAAGGAGACCAUCGAUGAUGGCAGCUCCUCGCGCUAUGGAGGCUGGGUCGAGAAAGAGGAGCGCAGGAAGCGAAGGGAGCUGCGUGAACUUAACGAGCUCCAGCGAACUGGUGGAAGGCCCACCGGACCCAUGGAGGAGGACCCAGAUGCCGGCACGAACGUUACCCUGCACAAGGAUGCGAAGUACAAGGAGGUCUGGAGAGACUGGAAGGACAACUCCAAGAUCGCUCAAGGCUUCUUCAGCAUGAAGCAGACAUACGGCGAGUCCGACAACGCCAUCAUCUCGACCGCCCGUAGUAUCACCGACCGCAUCACCGGUUUCUUCGCCGAGAACGAGACCGCCAUGGUUAUCAAGAAGUUCCGCGAGAUGGAUCCCAACUUCCAAAUGGAGCCAUUCCUCACCGAAAUGCGCGAAUACAUCCUUCCCGAAGUCCUGGACGCGUACGUCAAGGGCGACAUCGAGGUUUUGAAGCAGUGGCUUUCUGCGGCACAAUACUCUGUCUACGCAGCGCUGAUGCAGCAGUACAAGACCGCUGGUCUCAAGUCCGACGGCAAGAUCGUCGAUAUCCGUGGCGUCGAUGUCUUGAAUGCUAAGCUGCUCGAGCCUGGCGAGAUCCCCGUCUUCAUUCUCACAGCUCGCACGCAGGAGGUGCAUGUCUACAGGAACGCAAAGUCUGGUGAACUCGCAUCCGGAAUGGACGACAAGGUCCAGCAAGUCACCUACGCCAUUGGUGUGACCAGGAUACCAGAAGACGUCAAUAACCCCGAGACAAGAGGUUGGAGAUUGAUCGAACUCCAGAAGAGCGCCAGGGAUUACUACUGAUCGACUCGCUCAGCCCCGUUGUUUCUCUUUACAAUUUGUACUACCACAUGUUUGUUGCAUUAUCCCACGCGCGUUGGCGGUUCCGCGGUUUCGCUCCGGCAUUCUCUGGCGUCUAAAUGGUUUCGCCCGAUGUGUUCCACCACUCUGUCUUAUUAUGGAUGUCUCGCCCGUACGAGACGCACCUUCUCUUUCAGGGUCAUGGAAGUGGGGUUGGAUGAGCGCGCAGCGUUCGGCAUGAUGACACACUUCACUUCCCCACUCUGUACGUAUAUUUGUAUAAUACUUUGAUGAGAUGAUAUGGUGGAGCGAGGUCUUAGGCCAGGAGGACUGGUCUGUAGUGUGUGUGUAUAGGACUAGAUUGGCCUAUAUAAAGCAAUCAAUCUGCU